GAAAAUACCGUAAAAAUCGUACACAAAGGGAAACAACCGCUUAUCAGAUUAAACUUGGUGGAGUAAGAUUUUUGAUAGCCUAAACCAAAGCAUUCAAUCUCCUUCAUCGAAUUUCUAACUACAAUCCUUUGAUUUUUGAAGGAAUUCGUAAUCGAAGUCAACGAUCAGAGUAUGUGGGGUAGGGUUGAAGUUGAAUUAUACCCUCACAAGAUUUUCCAAUUUCUCUCUUUCCUUUUCCGCUCUGGAAUUCGAUCUAUGCUGCAAAUUUCCCACCAAAAUUUCUCUUCUUUCUAUCACCCAAUUGGAUUUCCGUUUCUAAAUUCGGUUCCCAAGAGGCUCAGACGACGGAUUUGGGGAUUCCACUUAGUGAGAAGACUCGGUUAGCACUUCUUCAGUUUGAACCCUAAUUUUCUAGUUGAAACUGGAAGGUAUGAACGGGUCUGUUUCCACCAGUUGUACUACCUCUUCAAGUUGCAGUUUCAUUGGAUUGUUGGAUUGGAUUAUUGGAACUUCAAGACCUAUUCAUAGUAGGAGGGGUUUGAGUUGAACCCGGAGUGUGAAAAUAUAAUUCACUGCUGCUCAACUCCAUAUGCUUUAUUUUCAGUUCUUUGCAUUGGAAGAAGAUGUCGUGGGUGAGGGGUAAAUCUUCUGGUUGGGCAGCUUUUAAUCUUAAGCAACAGAAUAAUGGCAUUCAGGAUGAAGUUGACGGGGAUCCAUUCCCACCAAUGUCAACUACCCUCUCCUCUCUGCCACCACGUGAAAACUUGCGCGGAGUUAAUGGUCGUUCAGGGAGAUCUUUCUCGUUUGCUCCCAUUCCUUCGGCCGAUUCUCCGACUUUACCGGGAAAAUGUGGUGCAAAAAAGACAACAUUAGGAAAUUUCAGUGCAAAAAAGACGAUACUUGGUGCUUCUAACAUUCAAAGUGGCAAGAAGAUGGUUGAAGAAACCAAUGAUGUUUUAUCCUUUUGGAAGCUUAAAGAGCUUCAUCCCUGGGCUGAUAUUAGCUUGAUUAUGGAUAUAAUGGAAGCUGUAAAUAAUGACUUCAAUGAGGCAUCUACUUUAUUAAACACAAUGGUCUCUAGUGACAAUUUAGAGAUCAAUAAUGAGAUGAGCAACUUAGGACUGCAUUCCUCUAAUGAUCUAUCGUGGAUGAUGGGUAAAUCUCCUGGCUGGGAAGAGUUUAACCUUCAGCAACAUAAUAGAGGCCUUCAAGGUGAAAAGGACCCGGAAGCAUUCCCACCAAUGCUAACCAACCAUCCCUCUCUGCCACCAUAUGAAAACUUGCACGGAGUUUAUGGACGUUUAGGGAGAUCCUUUGCAUCUGAACCCCUUCCUUCUGCCGAUUCUCUGACUUCUCCAGGAAAUUAUGGUGCAAAGAACACAAUUCCUGAUGAUUCUGGCAUUCAAAGUGGCAAGAAGGUGGUUGAAGAGAACACUGAUGUUUUAGCCUUUUGGAAGCUUAAAGAGAUUCAUUCUUGGGCUGACUUUAGCUUGAUUGUGGAUAUAAUGGACGCUGUGAAUAAUAACUUCGAUGAGGCAUCUACUUUAUUAAAAACAAUGGUUUCAAGUGACAAUUUUGAGAUCAAUAAUGAGAUAAGCACUUUAGGACUGCAUUCUGCUAAUGAUUUAUUGUGCAAUGGGGAUAAUGAUGUAAGCAUAUCAUCAGAAAGAACGAUCAAUGGUCCCAUCCUUAGUCCCACACUAAAGGCUGCGCAAGGCAUGCAUCAAAAUGAUAAUACGGGUGGAGAAGAUUGUACCAAAUUGUUUGUAAAUGAUUAUUUUGAAAGAAAUUUCUUUCCUAAUGCUGGAAAUUCAAAAAUAGCUCUUGGUUGCUCAAAGUCUGUUCCUAUUGAGCCUGAGUGGGAAGAAGAUGAUAUUUACCUGAGCCAUCGGAAAGAUGCUAUAGCAAUGAUGAGGUCUGCAUCUCAACAUUCAAGGGCAGCCACUAAUGCCUAUCGUAGGAAGGAUCAUGCCUCUGCCAAGUAUCAUUCAUCAAGAGCUCAAGAACAAUGGCUUGCUGCAAAAAUGUUGAAUGAUAAGGCAGCUAAUGAAAUUUUACAAACAAGGAAUAGUAAAAAUGGGCUCUGGAAGUUGGACUUACAUGGGCUGCAUGCAGCCGAGGCUGUUCAAGCCUUGCAAGACCACUUGCUGAAAAUUGAAACUCAGAAUGCCUCCAAUCGGUCCUUGUCGCCAAAGAAAGCUGAAAGGAAAGGAUUUCAGCGUGCUUCAUCCCUUGAGUAUCUUAGUUGUAUGGACUCAAAGUUGGACAAAGAAUCACCAUCAUCUAGGCAUAGGCCAACAUCAUUGGAAGUCAUAACAGGUAUAGGUAAACAUAGUAAGGGGGAAGCUGCUCUACCAAAGGCUGUGACAAGUUUUCUUACUGAAAACGGGUACCGUUUCGAACAGACAAGGCCUGGAACGAUUAGUGUCCGGCCAAAAUUUCGUAGGUAAAAGGGGAAAGCAUUCAUUAUUUUUAUUUGUCAAUAUAUAAUUGCUUUAGGAGAAUAUAAUGUUAAGUUAUUUAGUUAGAACAACAUUAUAUAAUGGUUGCUAUUACUUCAAAUUGAACCUCAAACUUAGAUUAAGGUUGUAUUCUUAACCUUAAAUGUCAAAAUGAUGAAGUUUAACCCCUUAA